UGCCCUACAAAUCGAGGAGAAACUUAGGACCAGAGAGGAGAAGGCACUUGGCCAAGGUCACACAAUGAAUUUGAGGCAGAACCAAGAGUGCCACCGAGCCUGCUGACUGCCAGUCCCCAGCUCUCACGAUUGCAUGUCAUAGGGAGCUAGCUAGGAGGGAGAGGUCUUCCCCCCAGCCACCAUCUGUCCCAAGGGAAUGAAGGAUGGCAGCACGCCGUGCAUUAAAAGCUGUUUUGGUAGAUCUCAGUGGCACACUUCACAUUGAAGAUGCAGCUGUGCCAGGCGCACAGGAAGCUCUUAAAAGGUUACGUGGUGCUUCUGUAAUGGUUAGGUUUGUGACCAACACAACCAAAGAGAGCAAACAAGACCUAUUGGAAAGGUUGAAAAAAUUGGAGUUUGAUAUCUCUGAAGAUGAAAUAUUCACUUCUCUGACUGCAGCCAGAAAUUUAGUAGAGCAGAAACAAGUCCGACCCAUGCUGCUAGUUGAUGAUCGGGCACUACCUGAUUUCAGAGAAAUACAAACAAGUGAUCCCAAUGCUGUGGUCAUAGGAUUGGCACCAGAACAUUUUCAUUAUCAAAUUCUGAAUGAGGCAUUCCGGUUACUUCUGGAUGGGGCGCCUCUGAUAGCAAUCCACAAAGCCAGGUAUUACAAGAGGAAAGAUGGCUUAGCCCUGGGGCCUGGACCAUUUGUGACUGCUUUAGAGUAUGCCACAGACACCAAAGCCACAGUAGUGGGAAAACCAGAGAAGACGUUCUUUUUGGAAGCAUUGCGGGGCACUGGCUGCAAACCUGAGGAGGCCAUCAUGAUAGGAGAUGAUUGCAGGGAUGAUGUUGGUGGGGCUCAGAAUGUCGGCAUGCUGGGCAUCUUAGUGAAAACUGGGAAGUAUCGAGCAGCAGAUGAAGAAAAAAUUAAUCCACCUCCUUACCUAACUUGUGAGAGCUUCCCUCAUGCUGUGGACCACAUUCUGCAGCAUCUACUGUGAACCAUUAUGUGAAUCAGAAGCAACUUGAAACGCGGCUUUUCAUCGUCUGGAAUGAAUCCCUCACCAACUCAGUGCCAGCGUAGACAGACAUUCAGCUUUGCUCACGGUUUAACCUUCUUUUAUUGUGCAUUAAUUAGAGAGAAGGGUAUUGAAUUGCAGCCAGCCACUAAGUUUUGCUAGUGUCUUUUGUUUUAUUUCAUAAAAGAAGAUGAGACCCAAAGAAAGGGAAAGCUGAGAUUUUAUGCCAUUCCUUUUAAAAUAUUCAUCAGGUUAGGCAGGGCUGGGAGGGAGACUCUACUGCAGGGAGUCGUGUUCUCUGCUGUCUCCUCACUGGUAAAUUGGGGGUAAGGGGGAUUCAGAUUGUGAAUAAAGUUGAAUGUUGUUUUUUAGAUUAUAAAGUAAUGUGUUGAAAGGUGCAUUAGGCCAUGGUGUUAAUAUUGAGUUCAACUGUGAAAUCCAUCAGAAGAGCCAAGUGGAGUACAAGAUAGAAGAAGCAAAAUAAAUUGUCCUUUAGCCCAAGUGAGUGAGUGAAUUUGCUUUAACGAAUGUUGAAAACUAGAUUAUCUACUGUGUUAUUCCCAGCACGGGUGACUUCUUUUUCUCUUCAUUAGCCAGAGAUGACUAAUUUAAAUUUAGAACCUGAUUUUAAUUUAAAAUAAUAUUUCCAUUAAUAACCUAUUCAUUGCAGAUACCUAUUAUACUGUGUAACAGUUGUUUUGGAAAUUUUAUGUAAAAUUAAAACUAUCAGUAUUUUACAGAUGUUUUAAUUAGACAUUGUUAUUAACAGGAACAGUGCAGAAACUAAAAUCAAGCCUUUAAUGUCUUAUAGACCAUGCAUUUUUGAAGUUAGUGUCCACCAGGGUCCUAUUAACUGUACAUUUGCAAGAUUUCAUUAUUUUUGUCUCUGACACUAUGGGAAAAAUCUUUUCGAAGCUAUUGGGACAGAUUCAAGCUUUUAUGUACUUGGUUACUACAGCUGUAAAAUGAAAUCCCGUCUUGUAGCAUGGAUUAUUCUUCUCAUGUUAAACCCACCAAAAUGAAGGGGACUAAGUAGGUAAUGAUUUUCCUAGUGCAUUUGCAUACUGUGAUAAUCUGGGCCUUUGCAAUUGUUUUACAGGGCUCUUGGGCAUUGAAUUAUUAGCAUGUAAUUGUACAUCAUUGUAGUGUUCACCUUAUUGAAGCGCACACUGAUGUUAAUGAGCUUCGGGUUUUGAUGCUUGUUUAGAGAUCAGCUUGGCCUUGGAUGGGAGGGAGCAAAGCUAAAUAAAUGGCAACUCCGUCUCCUUUUGGUA